GAAAUUGCAACUGUGAUUUUUUCUUUAAGUGAUAUUUUUAUUUUUCGAAUCACAAUUGACAUGCCUUCGUAUGAAUAUAAAUUGUCAUUAUGAUAUAAGCGGUCAAAAUCAAAAUGGCUGACAAAGACGAAGAGGAGGAUGUCCAAAGUGUUCGGUUGAAGCACCAGUUACUUGUAGGACUGAAGACGACUGUAGAAGGCCUCCUAGCAACAAAUAGCAGCAAUGUGUGGAGCACGUAUGGUGGGCUGGGCAGGUUGUGCAAGGAUGUGGAGAGAAUACUGAACCAUAGACUCAAGUUUGUUGUAAGUGACUCAGGCAGUGUUAUGGACUUCUGGCCAUUUGUCAAAGGGUUGAAAUGGCUUAAUCCAGUAAUGACCCCUUUCAUAGAGAAGAUCAGGAAGGGUCAACACCAGAAAGGGGUUAGUAAAGGUCAAGUUUGGGUGCGAGAGAGUCUUAGGGAGCACAAACUGGGGAGCCAGCUGAAGGUUCUGGUCACCCAUGAGCAGCAUCUCCACAGACACUACUUUGAGGAUGCUUUUUUGUUCAAUCCAAAAUACUUCAAGGCAAUGUGUAUAUGUCUUCAAGCAGUGGAGGAGAAUAGAGUGUCCUUGUUAGCAGACAUUGAUGCUAAAUUACUAUACUUGAAUCCAAGCCUGUCGAAGGCUGCACCAAGUUUUAUAAGAAGUGCAUCAUUACCAAUGAACACGUUAAUUACAGCACGUCCUUCGAGACACAAGGGUCACAAGUCUAUGAACAGUGACAUCAUGGCUUUAGCUCCGCCUUUCUCUUCCCCACAAAGUAAGGAAAGCGAGCUUUGCACGUCAGAUGAGCAUGCUAUGCCAUGUAAUAUUGGUUCAAGCACAAGUCCUGAAGAUGGAAGAUUGACAGCAACAGCUUCUUUACGUAAUGUGUUGAGAAAAUCUGGGUCAGACUCCCCAGCAGAGUUGUCUCCUCCUGCCACAACACAAAACUCUUUCAGUCUGUACAACAGUAUCAAUAGUGACCCGCUGUUGAACCUUGAUCUUCUAGAACUGUCAAGAUCACCCAGUGCAAGUCAAGAGAAUCUGACUAGCAAAUCAAAACUUGAAACAAGGAAACCAUUAAACAGAAGUUCUUCUGAAACAGUUGUGAGUAAAAGGUUGUCAGAGAGGAGGGCUUCAGAAAUGAUGGACAAAAUUAUACAUGAAGAUGAGGAUGAUGUAUUUCCAGCGAAUAAAUCUACGACCUCUACAAUGACCUUAACUACUUCAAUGACCUUGACCUCUGAAGGGUCAGAAAAUAAAAGUUUAAAAGGAUCUAGAGUGAUAUUUUCUGAUUCUGAAAGUGUGGAGAAGGACACAAAAUCUAGAAAAUUGACUGAGAGGAAAAUGAAACAUACACACAAAAGGUCGAGAUCUGAUAUAAGUGGCAUUAAAACAUCUGUGAUAGAGGGAAGUAUAGAAGGUGGAACAAAAAAUUCAAGUAACACUUCAGUCAAAAGUGCUUCCACCUCAAAUGCAGACUGUGUAGAUGGAGGGAAUGGUGGAUAUUUUCCACAGCCCCAGCAGGGUCAGUCCUUGUUACAUUAUCUGUCCUCUCAUGACUUUCACACAUGUGCCAAUCUCGAAAAGGAGAAUGCCCACUUCAGUAUAUCUGAGGCUCUGAUUGCUGCUAUAGAACAAAUGAAAUGGAACCAUGUAAUCAGUCCACACACAGGCGGACGGAUGGAGGAACCAGACGAUGAGGAGAGUGAUGAGGAAAUAAAACAACUGCAGCAACGAAUACGCAUUCGGAAAAGGGAAAAAUUGAAAGAGAGAGCACGUGGAUUUCCAGCAUUUAGUGAUGGGAGAACAGACACCACACCUACCACCAGUCACAGCAGGUCUGAGUCACCUUUCAGUUCAGCACAUGAAAGUGAUUACUCAGACAGUGAUACAUCCAGUGGGGUAGAUGACAAACAAAUAGAACUUUCAAUGGAAGACACCCACAACAACAUGACUACUCUGAAGAAUAGUGGACUGUCACUAUCAAUGGCUUCACUGUACUCCGAUGCUGACAUCCAAAAGAAUAUGAAGGCAGCUGUUGCGCGUGAGAACUCCAUGCAAGAAAGUAGCACAUAUUUCUCAGCCGAGUCAGUAGCUAUAUCACUUCUGAGAAAGUUCACAGAGAAACAGCUACCAAAAGCCUCUGACCUACAGUGGCUUGUCACUGAGCAAGAGGCUCCACAAAGGUUGUUGCCGCUCCCCAAUUCCUACCCUGUAUCACCUGAUGAUGCUGAAAACACCAACAUGCUGAAACCACCACUCAAGUCUUCCAGGACAAGAAUACGUGGCAAUAUGGAAUGGGCACCACCCAGACCUCAAAUUAUCUUCAACGUUCACCCUGCACCUAAGAGAACAUUUGUACUGGUCAGACAGAAUUACAGAUGUGCAGGUUGUGGUAUGAAGGUUGAACCAGGCUAUGCAAAGAGAUACAGAUACUGCGAAUAUUUGGGAAAGUAUUUCUGCCAGUGUUGUCAUAGCAACCAGCUUGCUGAAAUUCCUGCAAGAAUUCUGAAAAAGUGGGAUUUUACAAAAUACUAUGUGUCAAACUUUGCACGUGAUUUCUUGACUAAAAUAUCAGGAGAGCCACUGUUCAACAUAUCUGACAUCAAUCCAAUGUUAUAUAAGAAAGUGAAACUACUGGACCAUAUACGAGACUGGAGGAUACAGCUUCGCCAUCUAAAGUCUCUUGUUGGAUUAUGCAGGCAUGCUUCAAGUCUUUCUGAAGAAAUAUCCAAGUUGCCUCUUUACUGGAUUGAAGAUGUUCAUAUGUACUCUAUCAAUGAUCUCAUCUCUGUGAAGACAGGUGCUAAUGGUCAGAUGUAUUGUCAGUUGAAGAAGUUCACUACAGCUGCAAUAUCUCAUGUAGAAUCUUGUCAGUUCUGCCAGUGUUUUGGUUUCAUCUGUGAGAUGUGUAAAAAGCAGAAUGAUGUGAUAUUUCCAUAUCAGCUCCACAAAGUCAGCAUUUGUCAAGGUUGUAAAACCUGCUUUCACAAGGGGUGCUUUAUACCACAGAAGUGCCCAAAAUGUGCAAGGCUAGAAGCCAGAAAGAAGCGAUUACAAGAUGAGAGUACAGAGACAUUUGAUGACACAGAACAGGAUGAUGGUUAGAUGAAAUCUUAUGUCAGUGCUUUAACCUUAAACAGUGAAAUAAGUGCCAUUAUUCAACGAAAAAUAACCGUCUUUCAUCAUUGUUAUGUCAUUUGUUUAUGCUUUGUUAUAUACAUGUAUUAUGAUGUUGUUACGGUCGGAUUCAAAGUAAAGACAAUUCAUGCAAGGAAUUGGAGUGCAUUGGGAGUACAAUCAUGUAGUAAAGGAUUGUGGGUGAUUAUUACAGUAUGUAGUUUGCAUAUCACUGAGCUUUCAGGCUAUAAUCAAUGUAUUAACACGUAUGUAGCCUUUGUAAGCAUAUUACGAUGCCACAGUCAACUCCAUUCAUUAUCUCUAUCUAUUCAUCAUGAAAACUUCCACCAUGCUCCUUGGAUGUUUGGUAUUCUUUGCCAGUGACAGUAUCUAUGUAUUCCUGUAUAAGUUUACUAUAGCACAAGCAUAAAGUGCAUAUAGUUAUGCUAAAUGUAGCUUAAAGAUCAAUACAAAGCAUAUGGGACAGGUUAAUUAUAUUUGAAAUAAUUAUAGUAUAGAUACAUAUUUGAAAUAUUUAUUGCGCUGUGUGUGCAGCAUACCAUACACCAU